AUGCUACGACGGAUACUUAAAUGCACCUCUGCUGCGCGCAAUGAGGCACACAUACAUCGUUCCUGCUACAUAGCCCACGCUCGCUCGACUCACCGCGCUUACUCAUCCGCCAUGUUCACUCUUGGGAAUCUGGUGCAGAAGGCCCAGCAGUUUAUUGAGCCCACCCUCAGCAACAUAGCUGCCCCUGCUUCAGCCGACCGCCGACCGUCCAAGGCGACCCUCUUCCGCUAUCAAUUCCGGCUGCCCGACUCGCAAAAUCCCCUGCAAGAGAUCACCGCCGAGCUCACCCUCCAGCCCCACCAUUCGACGAGGGGCACGGGCGAACCUGCGACAGAAGGGGAGCGCGGACAGGGCAACCACUAUGUGGGCAAGCUGCACUUAAGCGAGCAGUACCUCUGCUUCUCCACACAAGGGUCCAGCUUUGUCAACACCGCUAGCUCGAGCUCCUCCAGCAGCUUCACAGGGCAGACACACGGCGCUGGGCCGGCUGGCAAUGGCUUCACACUACCGCUGUGCGCCAUCAGGAGGGUCGAGCGACUGCACAGCCAGAGCUACAUGUUCGCGCUCGCCAUCACCACAUGGAAUGGCAUUCCAGAUUCGCAGACGAAGACGCCUGCCGGUCAGAAGCUCACCAUCCAGCUGGCUGGGUCGCGGCAGGCCUGCGAGCGCUUCUGCGAUGGGCUGAAGAAGGGGCUGAGGGAAGGUGUCAAGGGGGUGGAUACAUUACGAAAGGUGGCUGUGACCAGCUACUCAGAGUACCUGCUCACCACCGACGAGGAGAAAAAGUCAACUGGUGGCGACGCCAAGCAAGGGAGAGAGCACCCAGAUACAGGUCUUGGAUUGACCUUCAAGUACCCUGGCAAUGCGCGGAAGCUGAGGGACGCGACCAAGAUACGGUUGUGGCGCGAGUACCUGCGGGAAAAUGGCCGAGGCGCCACACUCAUUCGCCAACCCACUUUCCACAAGCUCAUCCGUGUCGGUCUGCCCAAUCGAUUACGAGGAGAGAUAUGGGAACUCACCUCCGGCUCCUUCUUCCUGCGUCUACAGAAUCCCAACCUCUACACAGACACACUAGCGAAGUUUUCGGGGCGAGAAUCGCUGGCAAUAGACGAGAUCGAGAAAGACCUAAAUCGAAGUCUGCCGGAAUAUCCAGGUUUUCAGGAUGAGGCGGGCAUUGGCCGGCUGCGGAGAGUCUUGACGGCAUACAGCUGGACAAACGAGGAGGUUGGGUACUGUCAGGCGAUGAACAUCGUCGUCGCAGCGUUACUGAUUUACGUGUCUGAGCCCCAGGCUUUCUUCUUGCUCUCUGUUCUAUGUGACCGCCUCCUACCUGGAUACUACUCGCAGACCAUGUAUGGGACAUUGCUGGACCAGAAGGUCUUUGAAUCUCUGGUCGAGAAGACUAUGCCCAUUCUCUGGGAUCACCUUGUCAAGUCUGAUGUCCAGCUUUCCGUGGUCUCCCUGCCCUGGUUCCUUUCGCUGUACAUCAACUCGAUGCCCCUGAUCUUCGCCUUCCGAGUCUUGGAUGUUUUCUUCUUGGAGGGGCCGAAAGUGCUUUUCCAGAUCGGUCUGGCCAUUCUACGCAUCAAUGGCGAGCAGCUGCUGGAUGCUGCAGACGACGGAUCCUUCAUUUCGGUGUUAAAGUCAUACUUUUCAAGGCUUGACGAGUCUGCCCACCCCAAGUCCGAAAACCCCAAGCUACGAGCUGUUACCCGGUUCCAAGAGCUGAUGGUGGUGGCUUUCAAGGAGUUUGCCGGUAUCACCCAGAACACCAUCUCAGAGCAACGGGCGAAGCACAAAGAUGCCGUUCUGGAAAACAUCGAGAAUUUUGCUAAGCGCACAUCUAUCCGAAACCUUGGUCCAGAAAGCAAGAGGUUGAGCGUGACCGACCUGGGCUUCUUGUAUGACAGAUUUUACGCUGUCUUAUACGAGCGACAGCAACGAGCCGAGAUCAUGCAACAAGAAGCGGAGCGCAAGGCGAAAGCCAGCCGAGCAAAAGCUACUGAGAUUAUCAGUGGAUUCGCAAGCAGUAGUAAUGCCGAAAAGGGACGUGUGGCCCUGGGCGUAAGUCCAACACAGAUGGAUUACGAUGCGUUCAGGGAAUUCCUUGCUGGUAUUGCAAAAUGGGCUGUUACCGACUCGCCAACUUCACCCAAGGAAGCGACCCCCGCCCAGACCCACUCAUACUUCGGUGGUAGCCUGAGAAGUCGACCACCUGUAUCACCAUGGGGCUCAGGACCAGAGCCUGCAGACCACGAGUUUCUGAAACGUCUUUUCCGGCGCUGGGACACAGAUAUGACAGACUCGCUCUCCUUGCAAAACGUCGUGGCUGGCUUUGCCGCCGUCAAGGGAACCAAAGACAUCAUGUCGAACAUCAGCUACUUCUUUGAGCUUUACGAUGAUGAUGGCGACGGCAGGGUGGAUCGUGAAGGUAUAUUGAGGAUAUCAGAAGCUCUUUUGUUCCUGUCAAGGAGAGGCCUUCACGAGUCUGUUAACCCUUCAGCAUCAUCGCUCGACGUUGGCUCUGAACCAACAAUGUCACGCGACGAGCAGUUCCUCAGCAGCGUCUCCGCCUUCAUCCGGCGGUGCUUCGAGUACGCUGAUCCAGACCACGCUUCCAAUCAGAACAGCGCUGCUGUAGACGAGGCAGAGGAGGACCUAGACAACUUCGCCAUCGGCGAUGAAGAUGAGGACGACCUGAUCGACUUCGGUGACGAGCCUACAACACCAAAAGCUGACAAGCCAGAGAAAAGUCCGUUGUCGCCUACUAAAUCUGAUACCGACCCGCUGUCGCCAACACAAUCAACACACACGAUCGAGUCUGAGACAGGGAAGCGACACGAGAAGGCCAAGGCAGCCAACCUUGCACUGGACCCCAACAAGCCUCUCCACAUCACGCUGCCCACCUUCCGCAUGGUCAUUCUUGCAGACGAGGUUUUGGAGCAAUUCUUCGAAGUCGGUUUCUCGUCUUCCUUCCGCCUCGCUGACGAACCCUUGUCGUCAUCAGCAUCAACCUCAUCCAAUCUUACCACGUUCGCGAAUGCCGGCCGACAAAUGUCUGGUCUAACAGGAGGCAUGGGCGUAGUCGGCGGCGCAGGUGUCGGCGUAGUUCCACCAGGCAAGAGCAUCCGAGGCAUGCUCGACAACAUCGUCAACGACGGCAUGCGUGUCGCAGCAGAAGUCAGACGCAGGUACGACGAAGCUCAGAAAGAGCUGGAUGCGCAAUCUCAGCAUGCAAGGGAUGACGACGAUGAUCACGAGGAAGAGAAAGAUGCAGAUCUGCUUGAGGGCGCAGAGACAGCCGAUGUCGCUUCGAUCAAGGAAGAAAACCUCACCGACUUACUGUCGCCAGGUACAGACAAGGAGACCAGAAGCACGAAGGAUCGUAGAGCAAGUGACGCUAGUAGACGACCUCCGCUCCUCGAACAAACGGUGCCAGAGCACUUUGCGGGUGUGGUGAGGCAAUUCGGCGACCGGAACGCUGUUAUCUCGCACCACCAACGCACAAUUCUCACAUAUGACGCGCUUGACCGCGACUCCAAUGCACUCGCCAGAGGGUUGCAGAAACGAGGGGUGAAGAAGGGAGACAGGGUUGCUGUGUCAUUGGGCAACAAUGUCGAAUUCGCUACCACUACCUAUGCGCUCUUCAAGCUGGGCGCGAUACUGGUGCCGUUGAACCCCGCCUUCAAUGCGCCUCAAGUCCUCUCCGCGCUCAACCACCUUGAAGCUGCCCACCUCCUCAUCGGCGCCGAAACAAAUCUCCCCCGCAAACACCCACGGUCUAACAUUCCGCUCCUUACGCAUCUUGUGCCGAGUCUGACUGGGUCAAACCUCGAGUCCGAACUUGUCCCGUCCCUGCGAAAUGUCAUUAUGGUGGACAAUGCACAGGGGAGAAUCGAUUGUGCAGUAUAUAAAAGUACCACAAGAUUCGAGCAUGUGCUGGAAGACGGCGGGCAAGGCAGCGCCCUGGAGGACCAAGGGUUAGACCCCAACGACAUCGUCAACAUUCAAUUCACCUCAGGCACGACCAGCAUGCCCAAAGCUGCUUGUCUGAGCCACCGAAGCAUCUUGAACAAUGGCAACAGCAUUGGCGACAGGAUGCUCUUGACUGAGAACGACCGCGUGUGCAGUCCGCCUCCUCUCUUCCACUGCUUUGGUUGCAUCCUCGGCUACAUGGCAACCGCGACCCACGGAUCCUCCAUCAUCUGGCCCGCCGAAGCCUUCAAUCCGCUCGCCACUCUCGAAGCCGUUCGCGAAUACAAAGCAACAGCCCUCUACGGCGUACCCACGAUGUUCGUCGCAGAGCUCGACUUGCUUGCCCACGGCGCCGUACCGCGUGAUGGCUUCGAGCACCUGCGCACCGGCAUUGCAGCAGGAUCCUCUAUCCCCGCCGAGCUGAUGCGGAAACUGCACAAGCAGCUGAACCUGACCGAACUGACCAUCUGUUACGGUAUGACAGAGACAAGUCCAGUCAGUUGCAUGACCACAACCGACGACCCCAUCGAAAAGCGCAUCGACAGUGUGGGCCGCUUACUCCCCCACGUACAAGCCAAAGUCGUCGACCCCAGCGACUGGUCGCGCACCCUCGGCAUUGAUGAGCGCGGUGAACUCGCCGUAAGCGGGUACCUGCUCAUGAAGGGCUACUGGGGCGACGAGAAGAAGACCUCUGAAGUCAUGGUUGCCGACGACGAUGGGGUGAUGUGGAUCCACACGGGCGACGAAGCAGCUAUGGAUGAGGAUGGGUAUGUGAGGAUUACGGGAAGGAUCAAGGAUCUUAUUAUCAAGGGUGGUGAGAAUAUUCACCCUCUUGAGGUUGAGAAUUGCCUCUUUGCGCACCCUGCGAUCCGCGAGAUUAGUGUUGCUGGGCUGCCUGAUGAGCGGUAUGGCGAGGUUGUUGCUGCUUUUGUCGUCAAGCAUGACGGAGAAGAGGAUAAUAUCACAGCUGAGGAGGUAAGGACUUGGGUUAGGGAGAAGUUGAGUCAUCACCUUGUGCCGAAGUACGUUUUCUUCGUGCAAGACUACCCAAAGACGCCAAGUGGGAAGAUACAGAAGUUCAAGCUGAGGGAAUCGGGCAUCAAGUGGCUGCAGGAAGGCAAAGGUUUGCAAUGAGCUGAGAAGUAGAUUGUGAUUCUCUGGUCUUACCGCACCAGAGUGUAGGAUAUCAAUACUGGCAAGCAGCCCUUCUGCGAAUACCACCAAAGGAUCUACGUUACAUGGAGACUUAGAAUACCAUUACCUCCUACACGUCAUCUGCAACUCGGUGAGGCUGUG